CCCGGACCCUGAACGCAGCACACACAGAGCGAGUCACGUGGGUCUGCUACUUUGGGGCGGAAGUGGAAACAGUCGUUUUCCGAUCUCAUCCCUCCUCACCUCCUCACCGAGUAGAGCUGCAGACUGGAACUGGUGCAGCUAAACACCCUGAGAAAUAAGCCUCCUUCAGGUCCAACCAUGGAUCCCAGUGGUGCCAGUAAGGGUCCCGGAUCAGGCAGGAGACCCUCCAGUCCCUCCAUAGGGACAUCCAAGGGUGCACCUCAUCGGAGUGUUCAGAAGCCCAGGGCGAAGAUAACCCCCUUCCACAGCUCACCCAUACUCAGCAAACACCCAGGCUUGUUUCUGGACACCCCUGGUGGUCUGGCUGCACCACCUGUCAGAGAGAGACCACCUGCUGCUGGGAUCUCCAAGCAGCCUGGUCCAGGUUCAGGUUCAGGCUCCGCACUGGCCACAACGAGAGAAAAAGUUCAGCCGAGCCGUCCUGUCGUGAAGCCUGCUGCUAAGAAGGCUUCAAAGUCCGGCCUGACGAAGUCAAAGAAGUCUGGACCUCCAUCGAACACAGAGCAUCGCCACAACCAGAAAGGUAAGAAGAGAGGAGUGCCCCCCGCUUCAAAACCUCACUCAGUGAAGAGGAAGAAGAGGAAGAUGGGGAUGUAUAACCUGGUCCCCAAGAAGAAGACCAAAACCCUCAAACAGCCGGAGAAGAAAGAGGACCAAGCAGCCAGUCAGGUGAAGAAGGACGGAGCUGCAGCAGAUGAGAACCCUGCGACUUCACCAGAGGCUGUAAAGGUUGUCAGAAAUGAAGCCGUGAUGGGGGAGGAGCCUGAAAACAACAGCCAUGUUGAAUACACAGAGCUGGCUUUGGACUGUCUGGACCUGAAGGCUCAGGAGGAGCUCCUCUCACCUCCGCUGUCAGGUGCAGGGAUGGGAGAUGAGAUGGCAGAAACAGACCUGGUGGAGGAGCUGCCUCUGUGCUGCUGUCGUAUGGAGACUCCUUACAGCGGAGGAAGUCUGUCAGCGAUGGAUAACACCUGCAUGGCCACAGAGAGCACAAACGGAGCGCUGAGUCGUUGUCAGAGGAGAGUGAUGAAGCAGGAAAUGAUGAGACCCUCUAACCAGGUCUGCCUCCUGGUUCUGUGUGAGGACCACAGAGCCGGCAUGGUCAAGCACCAGUGUUGCCCCGGCUGUGGACUGUUCUGCAGGACGGGAAUCUUCAUGGAGUGCAGACCGUACGGCAGCAUCUCCCACCGCUUCCACCGUGACUGCGCCUCCCUCCUGAAGGACGUCAGGUUCUGUCCUCACUGCGGAGAGGACGCCACUGGAGCAAUAGAAGUCACCGUCCCGAAACCUGAUCCGUCUCCCUCUGUACCCAGAUCCAAUCCUGGCCCGUCACUUCCAGCCGUGCCCACUGUGGCCACCCUGCCGUCCCUAUCCAACACUCCCGCUGUGCCACAGGUGCUCCGGGCUAAGAAGACCGUGGAGCCGCAGAGAGGCAGAGAGGACAGCCCGAGCAGGUUGAGGAGUGAAACUGUGUGUGCUGCUGACAGACCCACUAAAGAGUCCCUGGAGACCAUCCUGACAGCUCUGGAUGAUGAGAAUCUGAAGCCAAAGAAAGUGAAGUACCCGACUAGACAGCUGUACAUCUCUGCCAAACAGGGAGAGCUCAAGAAGGUCAUCCACCUCCUCGUCGAUGGGAAGGAUCCUAACUUAUUGAUGGAAGGCCAAAACAAAGUUACCCCUCUUCAUGCAGCGGCUGCUGAGGGUCACCAGGAGAUCUGCCACAUGCUGGUGCAGGCUGGAGCUAACCUCGACACGUUCGACGAGGAGCAGAGGACCCCUCUGAUGGCUGCCAGUGAGAACAACCACCUAGACACAGUGAAGUACCUGCUGAGAGCUGGAGCGUCUGUCAGCCACAAGGAUAUCAUGGGUUUCACCUGUCUGCAUCUGGCUGCUAAACUGGGACAUUAUGACAUAGUCCAUCACCUGCUCUCCAAGGCAUCCAAACACAUCAACAGUCAGGAGAUCGCUCUGACACCAAAAUACAAGGACGACGGGGGAUGGACUCCCAUCACCUGGGCCAUCGAGUACAAGCACAAGGAGCUGGUCCACCUGCUGCUGAGCAAGGGGGCCGACGUUAACAUAAGAGACAAGGAGGAGAACGUUUGUCUUCACUGGGCGGCGCUGGCGGGCUGUGAUGACGUGGCUCAGGCUCUGCUGGAGGCUCGGUGUGACCUCGGCGCCAUCAACGCUCACGGUGACUCACCGCUUCAUGUCGCUGCCAGAGAGAACCACCUGGAGUGUGUGAUGUUGUUUCUGUCUCGAGGAGCUGACGUCAACCAGAAGAACAGGGAGGGGGCGACGCCUCUGGACUGCUGCGCCCACAGCUCCAAAGUGUGGACGGCCCUCAACACCAACAAGAAGCUGACGGACGCGAGGAGAGGGCGAGACUGUCAGGGGGAGAGGGUGCUCAGCAGGGACAUUUCUCACGGCUACGAAGCUGUUCCCAUCACCUGCGUCAACGGUGUCGACAGCGAGCCGUGUCCUGAAAACUUUAAAUACAUCCCAGACAGCUGUGUCACCUCCCCGCUGAACAUAGACAAGGACAUCACUCACUUACAGCACUGCAGCUGCACAGACGACUGCUCCUCCAGUACGUGUGUGUGUGGUCAGCUCAGUCUGCGAUGUUGGUAUGACAGCGAGGGUCGACUCCCUCUGGACUUCUGUCAACGCGAGCCCCCGGUCCUGUUCGAGUGUAACCACGCCUGCUCCUGCUGGAGGACCUGCAGGAACCGAGUGGUCCAGAACGGACUGAGGGUCCGGCUGCAGCUCUUCAGGACUCAGAAGAUGGGCUGGGGAGUCAGAGCCGUGCAGGACGUCCCUCAGGGAGCCUUCAUUUGCGAGUACGUCGGGGAGAUCAUCUCUGACUCUGAGGCCGACAAGAGAGAGAACGACGCCUUCCUCUUCACCCUCGACAACAAGGUGGAGGACGUUCACUGCAUCGACGCCAGACUCUUUGGCAACAUCGGACGCUUCAUCAAUCACCUGUGUGAGCCCAACCUGCUGGCUGUGAGGGUGUUCACCAUGCACCAGGAUCUACGCCUCCCCAGAAUCGCCUUCUUCUCCAGCAGGCCAAUCAAAGCUGGAGACCAGAUAGGGUUUGACUACGGCGAUCACUUCUGGAGGGUAAAGAGCAAGUUCUUCAGCUGCCACUGUGGAUCUCUGAAGUGUCGCCACUCAGCUGCCGGCAGAUAGAAACUCCCCCGUCUCUCUAACAGGACUGUUUUUUUUAGCUGUGACUUUUUCCAAAGGUUGAAUCUCUGCCUGUGACGAGGUAAACACGUGAGAUACGAUUUAUUUAUACAUCCAACACAGAUAGUUUUUUAAAUGUAGUUUGCCACCAGCCAUGAAUCCUUGCUGUGAGAGUCAGUUUAACAAUCCUGGACUCAACCUUUAGUACUGCAAAGUAUUACACGUGUAGAUUAAUGAAGUAUGUUUUUGGUAGUUAGUUCUCUGCGUUUGUGCUUUUACUACAUGUCUGAUUAGUAAUUAAACACAUUUUUAAAGCUUCA